GCAAAAAAAAUUACAGAAAUCCGUUCAAUGUAACCUUUUUUUCCUUCCCCCUUUUCACCUUCCAGCUGCUUACCAGAGAGAUGAGAUGUGGAAAAGCCAAAAUCCCAGAAUAUGACGAGCCCAUUAAAUUAGAUGAUUCCUACAGUUUGUUUCCUUGCCAGUUCUCAGCUUUCUGUUUUGUGCUUUCUUAGCCAGGGCUGGGGAAAAAAAAAAAAAGGUGGCUUGAAAGCUAAUAGAUACCCCAGCCAUCAAUUGCCGAGACAUUUUGUCUUUUGUGACAUUGAGGAAAAGACAAGGAGGGAACUAAAAAAUGUCAAAAGAUCAAAAAAUCAAUGGGCUGAAGGAAUGUGAUCUGUUUAUCAGGGUGUAGCUGCUCUUUCUGUUUGCAUUAAGUCCGAGUGAGUGUCUUUGGUCACCACUAAACUUGCUUUUAUUCACUCCCUAGGAGAUGUAAUACAAGCAUGAAACGGUGGCUCACAAAGCAGGCACAGCGGCGAAGGAAAUAAAUAAAUAAAUAAAUAAAUAAAGCAAGCCAGGGCUUCUUUAAAGACCACAAACCCAGGUUUAUUGCCUUACGAUUUUUUUUGCCUCGUAUUAAACACGCUUACCUUUCUCUUGAAACUUGUUGCUGAGCACAGCAAAUGGACCAUGUUGUGUUGACACGGGUGUCUUGUUUCUGUGUUACCGCGAGGUUAUUUUUAUGUAUUUAUUUUUGAAAAUGUCAAUAAAAUGAAAAGAGGGCGAGAGUUCAGUGAGCGGAAGUUCUGGCAGCUGAUUGAAUGCAUGUUCUUGGCGCUUGACAGUUCGUGUCAAGUCUUUGGUUGGACUUUCCCUUUGCUUUCCCGGACAGGGAGUUCGGUUUGUUUUCUCUGAAACAUGAAAAGAGUUGGGCGAAUGCAAAUGUGAGGCAGCUCUGGCGCGCGCCUUUCCCCUGCACGCCGGUAAUGUAGUGCUUGCUGGGGUUUUAAAGUCACUGGAUAUUGCAUAGCUCAUAAAUUCUUCACAAGCAUGGAUGGAAGUGGGGGAGAUGUGUGUGCAUGUACCGGGAGAGCGCGCGCAUGUGUGUGUGUAAGUGCUGUCCCAGCCUAUGAGAACUGAUGGAGAAGACAAGGCAACACUACAAUCUGUUGGACAAAUUUUUUCUCACCCCUUGUAGUUGUUAUGUGAUAGGAAGUAUGGCAAGGGCUGCAUAUUUUAUAAACUUUCUAUUAAAGUUGUGGCAUGUUAUCAUAAAACUGAAUUGCGAUACUUUGUAUUACACUCUGGGAUUGAGAGAUAGACAUAGGAUUAAAAAAACAAUUUCUAGGCAUUUCUAGAUGAUAAAUUUAAUUUUCUUUGCUAUUUGGAGGUCUUCUUUGAAAAUGCAAUUGUAAUGAACGCAUUCAGAACUGGAGAAUAGAUUUACCCUUGGCUUCAAAUAGUUGACGUUAUCAGGCUCUGUCAUUCGUUCCUUCCUAUUUUCGGGCUGCUAAUUGAUGUUUUUGAUGUCAGCAAGAAAAUUGAAGAAAAUGUCAUGUGUGAACCAGUGCGGAAGUUAAUAAGAUUGACUUCGUUGACAGAAUUUACAAUGAGCACAGAGACCGCAUAAUGGGACCGCUGCGAAUUCGUGUGCUCUCUUUGGAGUCAAAAUUGACACCUCACGCUAGGCCAGCGGUCGAUAGGAAAGAUGCAACAUUUGGGAAGGUUCCUAAUCUCAUUUUUUUCCCUCUUCCCUUUUUUCCCCUCUCCUUCUUUUUUUCUUUCUUUUCCUCCCUCCCCUAUUACCUUUUGGUCUAUGGAGCUUAUCUAGUUGCAGAAGCAGCUGUUUAUCCAGAGGGCUACUGCUUUGGACCAAGCCAGAGCCUUGGUUCAAUCUCUCAGCGCUCCACAACAAUGCUCAUUUUUUAUGCUGUUUUGAGUCUGAAAGCAAAAGAGUCUUGAAAAGGUUAGAUUAAGAUGUGUCUUAAGGAAAGCUGUACUAAUAUUGGACAGGGUCAUUGCAUAUGCUUGGGCCAUGUGCAAUAAAGCUGAAACGCAAAUCCCCUCCAUAUAAAGGAAGGAAGCUGUGGGACACCUACCUGGGCAUUAAGCAUAACAGAAGACUACAGCUAAGCAUUACUCUUCCUCUGGGCUCCAGUGCAUGGUGCAUCUAUGUGAGCGUGUACGCCUGCAUGUGCAACCUCCAAAACUUCUGACUCUCGCCGAGGUGGUUUUUCCCCCUUUUUUUUCUUGGAUAAAACGGGAAUUCAAACUUUUUUCAAAGUAGCAAAAGGCUUCACUGUAAUAGUUUAAUUUUCCAGUAAUGUGACAAAGUUUAUUGGAUUUGUGUGUAUAAUUAUGGAAUGGAUUAGCCGAGUUUGGUUCAGUGAAUCUGAUUAUUUUCUGGCCUUUAGGGAAAUGCGCUAAAACCCUAAUAUGUCCACUACCCCCAAGCGGUCUCUUUUUGAAGGCGCCGCACAAAAUGUGGUCUCUACUAGCGUUCAGCCUCCAAGGAUCUUCAGUGAGAGACAUUAUUCUUGGAAUAUCCAAUUAAUUCCACGGGCAGUGAUCAGUUAGCGCUUCUUCUUCCUUUCUCGCCAUUUGAAAUGCUAACACAAUGAAUAUUUUCUCAUUGGUCUGCGUCCCUCGGCUAAGCUGUUGCCGCGGGCUGAGAAUUUCAUCGACUGAUGAGACCAGAGGCUGCGCCGAUAAAAGGUUACAGUACGUGAUUUGCAUGCCAAGUGGGGUUUGGUUUCAUGAACUUAAAAGUUCUUUAACUUUUAUUUGACUUUUUUCUUUUGUAAAUAGAUGAGGGUUGUUGGAAAAUUUUUCCCCCAAAUUUUCUGGUUUGUUUCCCCAAAAAAUCACUGAAAUUAGUGAUUAGUCCACAUUACAGUUUUGGUUUGGACCCUCUUAAGCAAACAGGUAUGAAACAUGUAAUCUUUUGGACAAUUGAAACAAAACUAAAUGUAUGUUCCAACAAUCAACAAAACCGUAUGUUUAAAAAAAAGCUUGAAAAUUGUCGCAGGUUUCCAAACAGAUCUGGCCAAGUCCAAUGUUUCCGUUUUCUCUUACAGUGCAGUGUCAGAGUAUAUUUUUAACUAGGCGUUAAUUCCUUCAGCAAUUGCAGUACAUUCUGUGAGGCACAACAGAAUGAAAGUAGUAUAUUUAGCUUUUGUAUGUUUUAGAAGAGGGAAAUCUCCAUGUCUUUUGAGUGAUGAGAAUGGAAGCCAUGGGUUAAAACGACACUAGCACAUUCCUGGAGAGUGAUUAAGACAGACUGGCACUGUUAUUCAAUGGUAAGUUGGUGGAAGUUCUUGGAGUAUUAAUUAUGUUCCAUCAAGCACGAGUAAAUAUUCCAAAAGCAAAACAAGGAAGCUGUUAUCUUUGUCUUCAGCACAGUGUUUUGCACAAUUGCCUGUGCAAUUCAUUCGUAAAUGUUGGCCGUGCCAGCUAAGAGAGGUUUCCAGGACUGAACGAUGCCGUGAUCCUGGGAUAAAUGAGCCUAUCCAGAAAGUUUUAGAGGUAAACUAAAUUGAAACAAAGCAACUACCGCACAUCAAAUGCAAGCUUUCAUGAUUCAGCGAGGGUGAAGGAGGGUGGUGCUGAAAUAAAGCCACGCACAGAAGGUCUACGCUCUGUGUUGUUCUUGACUUGCAGAAUGUCUUAGAUGUACCUUGUAAGCCGUUGACAAACUUUGUUGGUUUAGAGAUGUGACGGAUGUAUUUUCUGAUCUGAGAAGCAUUUGGGGGAUAGAGAUAAUUUUUUUUCAUCCUCUUUUCCCUCUCCCCCCGUUCUGCCCCCAAAAAAGAGCAUCAGCCUUCUGUGCUACUCUAAUCUUAGAGGCUGGAUAAUACGGUUGGAGAUUUGACAUAUUCCUAUUGAAUAAAAAUCAGGAGACCCUUACCAAAAUUGUUAGCAAAAGGGACUGGCAGAACUAGGUACAGAGCGGGGUGGGUUGUUUUUUUUUUUCCCCUUCCUUUCACUAGCUGUCUAGGAGGAGUAAAGCAGGUGGCUCCCCGUGGCUGACUUUUCAUGACAACAUGCCAUUAGAAAUUGCGGUCCUGUUGAUCAAUCCACUCGACAUGACAGCUUUGCCGCAAGGCCUGGCUCUUUGAGCACCAGCGCUCUGGCUUUUCCCUCCUUUUUUCCCGCACUAAUUGGUGAAAGUUUUUACUGUGCUUGUGGCAUAGGAAAUUCUUUUGAACAUUGUCACAAUCAAGUGUUGACUUCUUUAGAAUUGCAAGUAGGUUAAGUGAGUAUCAACAUUAAAAAAAAAUCCACAAAAGGUAUUACUAUCGAAAUUUAUUAAAGUAAAAUUGGGAAAACACACUUACUGAAUUAUGAAAAAAAAAUUAUUCUGGGAAUCAAUUAAAAUAUUGUUCCUUUUCAACAUUUGCACAGCCAAAGAUGCUACCAUAUUUGCGUCUCAAAAAGUAGAAAGGAAGAGACAAAUUUAGAGUUCUUAUUUUCUUUCUUGGUUAGUUGCAGGCACAGAACCGAGGAACACUCUCAGCUUAAAUGUACACAAUUGACUGCAUCUUAGUACUUGAAAAUGUAAUAGAUAGUGGAUUUUUCAGGUGAUUUAAGAUAAACUAUUAUGCACUAAAUAAGAUAUCUUAGCAAAUUCUGUUCUUUAAAAAGCAGAAAAGAAAAAUCCUACAAGUGCAGCUUUCAGGAGAAGGAGGAGGAUAGCUGUGUGUUCACACAUAGCCUGGGUAAGAUAACUGAACCAUUUGUGUGAUUCUUCCAUCCAAAAUGAAUUCAAGAAACUUCUGUAACAGAUUUCUUUGAGAAACUCUGUCAGAUGAAAAAUCAGAUUAUUGAUGUUUUCAGAUCAAAUUUGUUUAAACAUUGAAUACUUGUUGACAAAUUGAGGUGAAAAAUUAAAAGAUGUUAUAAAAUGUUAUUAACAAUGAGGAAAAUAAUCAAUAUCUACUACAGGAAAAUAUGGUGCAUGUAUUUAAAAUGUACAUUUUAACUACCACGGAUCGAAUUCUUUUUCUUAGCUUUGAAGGUUGCUGUAUGUUCAUCCCUAAACAUGAGAUCUCUUUUUGCCAUUCAUAAAUGUAGAAAGACCUUAUUAUUAGUUGAUGCAAUUUCAGAGAUGCAGGUGGUUUUAAAAUAAUCUGUGCAACUGCACUACAAGGAUUUAUAGAAUGAACAUAGGAAAGAAAUCGGGAGAGAACAAGUGACAAAGAAGGAGAAAAAGGGAUAUCUAAAGCGUGGAGGUGGCUUUUCUUUAAUAAUGCAUACAUAGCAAUAGGGGACUUUGGAUAGAAUUCUUUCAGCUCUCUUAAACCCAAUCUAAGGUUAAUUUAUAAUAAAUAAUUAUAGUUUUAGCAGUAAAAUGAGACCCUGUGAAGCUGAGAGCAGAAAGGCAGUAAUACAGUUUUAAAAGCUGAACGUGCUCACAGUUUCCGUUGCAAGUGUAAUAGCUACAACUGUAGUUUUUUUUGUAGAUCAGACAUCGACACUGAAAGAAGCAUAAAUUCAUAUAAUUAAUUUUGCCAUUGUAAAAAUCAUUUGCUAAAAUUUGCAUUAUUAACAUUAUCAAGUCGCUGGUUGGUGAGACAUCAGACAUGACGAGUGAGAAGGGCAGCUUAGGGAGAAUUGGGCUUUAAACCCUCAGCAGAUCGGAGUUAGGAUCAAAGGCGCUUGUUUUAUGUGGCUGUGUGACACUUUGAAGUCUUGACUGCACCUACAGCACUCAUUUCAUCAGGUUCACUGGUGUCUUAAUAGCAGAUCAAUAAGUUUCAAAGUCGGAGAGUUAAUUUGAUACUAGUGCUGAUGUGGUCGUGCUGGGGAAGCAGAGAGAGGCAGGCAGAGAAAGCAAGCCUAUUAACCAUCCUGAUCGGGAGAGGUGUGUGCCAAUGUUGAUGGGUACCUGUAAAAACCCAAACUGUAAAUAUUGACCUUAAAUAUGAAAGCUCCAUGUACUAAAGGCAUGGAGUUGUUUACAUUGUUGAAAUAGAUUGUAUGCAAGAGAGGCUGCUGUGCUAGCACCGUUCUUCAGCCAAGCAGUGCGAAGUUCUAAGAAAGUUCCCCCAGUAAGGAGAAUAAAUGCACACUCCUAAGCCCCUAAAGCAUCGCAUCCCUUGGUGUUAUUUCCCUCAUCAAAUUGCCUACCUCUGCCCCCACCCCAAGUAAAAAUAAAGACAUACAUGUAGGGGGGGAAAAGGGGGAGAGAGAAGAAGAGAGAGAGAGAGAGGAAAAACACAGUGGGCAACACAGUUAUAAUAGCUAUUCAUUUUUUUUUCCUCAUCCUUUGCCAGCUUGUUUGCUUUCCUGCUGUAAUGCAAAUAGUUCACAAGAAAAUUGAUGUAUUUUUAGAUGAAGUGGGGUCAGUGACACUUUGUUUUCCUACCGGGAAUAUUUAAAUAUAAAUCUAUAUAUUAAUCAUUGUUCGCCAAUGGCACUUUUUACCAGUUCUGUGGUGGUGUAGCUCAUCAGUCCCUUUCCAGCUCUCCGUAUGAAUGCUUGCUUGUAUUUCCAAGGCAAAAUUUCGUCUCUUUUCAAAUAAAUCUGGCGGUGUUAGAACCCGCUUCUCCCGACUUCUCCGUGCCGCUUCUUCUCUACCACUGAAUCACAAACCCAGGGAUUAUUUAUUCGGUUUAUUUGGGUGCCGGACAGCUCCGUGUAACACAAAAAAAGAAGAAAGAAAAAAAGAAACACUUCUGUGGGAUGUAAACAUACCGGAGGCGAGUAGCUAUGUAAAGAACAGCAAAACUAUGCUAAAGCAGUGCAGGACUUUAUCUUUCUUUCUUUUUUUUUUUUUUGGGCAUUUUCCCCCUCUCUUAGGAUGGCGUAAUAGUGGGGGACCAGGGGUAAAUGUGGUUGAUGUAAACCAUGCAAAUUGUGUGCACAGACAUACAGACGCUGAACCCCCCUAAAAGAGAAACCCUUUUUUAUUUUCAUCAGAACUUUGCCAUCUGUAUGUACAGCAGAGGUUCCCUGGCACCAGAGGUCAAAUUCACACCCUCUUCGAACAAAACUCUAAUUUAGAUUGUUCAUCUAAGGGUUGAUAAUGGUAUUAGGGGGCCAGUGGGGUGGUCAGUGGGAGCUGUAGAUUAGCGCAGUAGCCCUGGCGGCUUUACCUAGACCCCCAUGAUUCAUUGGCCAGAUUAACUGUCACAUCUGUCAUUUUAUCCCUUUUAGUUCUCCCCUUUUUACCACAUUUAAAAUAAGAAAGACGGGGUGUGUGUGGUGCGGGGGGGAGAAAGUGAAUUUUAAAAAAGUGUCUUCCCAAGGACAGAUUUUGGUGAAAAGCCACUGAGCCACUGAAGGUAUGUCUAAAUAGUAAUAAAAAAACAGUGGUGAAAUUACACGGGCAGGUAUGGGACCAUUUAAGCUAUUGAUUUGUUUGAAACGAACAGGUGGAAUUGAGAGUCAUUGAUUUAAUUCAGGUAUGCAGCAAGCUUUUAACUUUCCACACACUGCACAUGAGCUGUGGUCUGGCUCCUGUCAUUGUCCUCCUGUGGCACUGGUCCCCCUCUUCCUUGUCCCCUUCAGUUGGGCGAUGGCUUUAAAUCCAGCGUCUAACAAAGUGCCAGUUGUGCAGCACCCACACCAUGUACACCCUCUUACGCCGCUUAUCACAUACAGCAAUGAGCACUUCACACCAGGAAACCCUCCUCCACACUUACCAGCUGACGUAGACCCCAAAACAGGAAUUCCAAGGCCUCCACAUCCUCCAGAUAUAUCUCCUUAUUAUCCAUUAUCACCAGGCACUGUAGGACAAAUCCCCCAUCCGCUAGGAUGGUUAGUACCACAGCAAGGUCAGCCAGUGUACCCAAUCACAACAGGGGGUUUCCGCCACCCCUACCCAACAGCUCUGACCGUCAAUGCUUCCAUGUCAAGCUUUCUCUCCUCUAGGUUUCCUCCACACAUGGUCCCGCCACACCAUAGUUUACACACAACUGGAAUUCCUCAUCCGGCCAUAGUCACACCAACAGUCAAACAGGAAUCUUCCCAGAGCGACGUCGGCUCACUCCACAGCUCAAAACAUCAGGACUCCAAAAAAGAAGAAGAGAAAAAGAAGCCACACAUAAAGAAACCUCUUAAUGCAUUUAUGUUGUAUAUGAAGGAAAUGAGAGCAAAAGUUGUAGCAGAAUGCACAUUGAAAGAGAGUGCAGCCAUCAACCAAAUCCUCGGUCGAAGGUGGCAUGCAUUAUCCAGAGAAGAGCAAGCGAAAUACUAUGAACUAGCAAGGAAGGAGCGACAGCUUCACAUGCAGCUGUACCCGGGCUGGUCUGCACGGGAUAACUAUGGAAAGAAGAAGAAGAGGAAAAGGGAUAAGCAGCCAGGAGAGACCAAUGAACACAGCGAAUGUUUCCUAAAUCCUUGCCUUUCACUUCCUCCGAUUACAGACCUGAGCGCUCCUAAGAAAUGCCGAGCGCGCUUUGGCCUUGAUCAACAGAAUAACUGGUGCGGCCCCUGCAGGAGAAAAAAAAAGUGCGUUCGCUACAUACAAGGUGAAGGCAGCUGCGUCAGCCCACCCUCUUCAGAUGGAAGCUUACUAGACUCUCCUCCGUCCUCCCCCGCCAUGCUCGCCUCCCCCUCCAGAGACUCGAAACCACAGACUGAACAAACGCAACCCCUCUCGCUGUCAUUGAAGCCUGACCCGCUGGCGCACCUGGUGAUGAUGCCGCCGCCAUCCUCGCUCGUGCUCGCUGAGAGCGCCGCGAGCAAGCCCGGCGCCCUGCCCGCCGCCAGCUGCCCCAACGGGGCCCUGGACCACCCGCCGGCCGCCCUCCCGCCGGCCGCCGCCGCCGCAUCCCUCGCACAGCCCUCAACGUCCUCCUUGCAUUCCCACAGCUCGCUGCCGGGGACACAGCCCCAGCCGCUCUCCCUUGUAACGAAGUCCUUAGAAUAGCUUUAGCCUUGUUAGCCCUUUCAGUUUCCUUUCGGGGGGAUUGAAUUCUGUUGGUAUUUGGGGUUUUGUUUUGUUGUUUUUUUUUUUUUCCCUUUAUUUUUUUUUCUUCUCGUUGUUGUCGUCCACUGUUUGUCGUCGUUUCUCAGUUUCAUUUUUAAUUUGUGCCAUGUGGCUACAUUAGUUGAUGUUUUAUCGAGUUCAUUGGUCAAUAUUUGACCCAUUCUUAUUUCAAUUUCUCCUUUUUAAAUAUGUAGAUGAGAAAAGCCUCAUGAUUCUGCCAAAAUUUUUAUCAACAGCUGUUUAAAGUCUUUGUAGCGUUUAAAAAAUAUAUAUAUAUACAUAAUUGUUAUGUAGUUCCAAUAGCUUAGUUUUAAAGACUGAUUUUAAAAAUUAAAAAAAAAAAGAAGCAAUUUUGAAGCAGCCCUUGCCAGAGGCAUUGGUUCUUUAUUAUUUGUAUUAAAUACGAGCUUGCGAACCAAUCAUUUUACAUCUGGUUUUUAAACCUUUAAGGGCACAACGAAUGCAGUGCCGCUACUACUUCCUUUUUUUUUCUUCCUUGUGUGAAACAACCUUUAUUGUGAUGUUACUUGUUAUUGUUUAAAUGUACAGAAACAAAGGGUAAAAAAAAUGUGUUAAUAUACCUUGUUCCAUGGUGUUGUUCUUUUUGGGGGAGGGGACGCUACUCAACAAUUAAAAGUAUCACAACGCUAUUGGACCAGUAGUAUUUAUUGCUUUAGAAAUUGCUUGUUGUAUCUGUAUGUUGUCCCUUUUUAAAUGUUUUUUUCUUCUUUUAUUUUUUCCUUGAAACAUUGUAUAAAGGGUUUUUUUUUUCCUUUAGUGUAAGCAUCUUAUAUAUAACAACUCAUUUGUACAAGGUUUUUAAGUUUAUAUAUAAAUGUGUAUAUAUAUAUUUUUUCCGGGAUUUUGUUUUUGAUUUGUUUUCGUGAUUUUUUUUUUUUUGCUAUAUGAAAUACGGUUGCCACCAAAUGGACAUUCGCAGAUGCAUUUUUUCAAGGAUCAAUAGUGUAAAGAAUAAAAUUGCUUUAAAAGCCAUUACACUCGAAAAGACUUGAAAAUUUAGCAAGGGAAUUUUUAGCAAUGCUGUUUGAAAAAUAGCAAGGUCCAAGUGUCUCCCGUUCAGAACUGCAGCUGAAUCCCCUGCGACAUUAGGACUGUAGGCUGUGUGCAAAAUUUUUAUGUGCCAAAAUUCUCAGUGACUUUUACCUUUCUCCCAACAACUUUAUUAUUUUUUUUAAUGCUGUAAUUUUUUUGUUCAUCAUGUUUUGCUGUGAUGUUACAUAGGUAGAUAUGUAUGUAGUUUUAAUGUCACCUAUAACAGACGUGUUUGGUAGCAGAUUGUCCGGAAAGCAUUUAAAAUGAAGAGGUAUAAACCCUUAAGGGCCAAAUUCUGUAUAUUAGAUUAUUCAUAAAAGGAAAAUCAGACUGCCACUUUUAUGUACACUUACUACAUACAGGUAGGUAGCAAACUUAAAACAAAAAAAAAACCUAGGCAUGUUGAUGUUGCAAAAAACGCUGUAUAAAGCUGAAAAAUUGUUCAUCUGUUCAUUCAGUGCCAUUGUAGUUGACAUGAAGCGAUUGUAAAACUGUCUCAGAUUUUUCUCUGGUUUAUUAAGAUGCUAACUAUAACAUUUUUUGUGAAUACUUUGAAUGUUUCCUAACAGUUGUGAUGUUACUGUUCCGUUUUAUGCUCUUAUUCCGAUUUUCAUUUUUAAUGGUUUGGAAGCCAUUUUUUGUAAUGAAUAAAUGUUCAUGCUGUACAGUAUCUGUAGCAUGCAGUUCUGGAUUAAUAAAAGCAACUUAGUAUGUGCAGAGAA